UGCCUGCCGCAGCUCUGCCCGACCAUGGCCGCAGCGCCGGGCCCGGCCGCGCUCCGCGUGCGGGUGUCGGCGCCGCCGGGCGACCGCCUGGAGCGCAAACUGCUGCUGCACUUCCAGUCGCCUCAGCGCUCGGGCGGCGGCGAGUGCAACCUGCGGCGUGGCCCCACGCCCGGCACCUACCUCGUGCGCUUCGUCUGCCCGCUCGCAAGGGAACGGGUAAAAUCGCAUGGACAUCACGAGAUACAGCUGGACAACAGAAAUGUGCAGAUCUCAAUCGAGCCGGAGUCAGACACAGCAGAUCCUGGGGAAAGCCAGUCGACACCACUGUCCUCAGGGUUACCUGCUGCUUUGGGCUUCUUGCAGCCUCAGAAGAGUACUGCUAGCCAGCACCUGGGUGAAAAACGUAACGACAGUUCAUCUAGCACUUUUACUGAUCAGAUUUUUCUCCAUGUGUCUGCCACCUUGAAUACCCACCUGUUCACUAAGCAGCAAAGGGAGGAAGUGAUCAGUAUGUGCCCAGGCUUAAAACCAGAAAAAAAUCCUAGUGACCACGGGAUUGAGAAAGUGACAGGAACCUAUGCAGAUAUUGAAAAAGUGUAUCACCGCUUUAAUCAGCUCCUUGUAAAGAAUGACCAACGUACUGAUUUUUUACAUGCUGAAGGAACGAAGGAGUUGGAAGAUAAGAAUGGUGUGGAUGGAGUGAACAGUAUUGAAGUGCAGUCAGCGCUCUAUGAAUACUUUAGCCAUGUCUGCCAGGAACAAAUAGAAGAAUUACAGCAACGUUUCAAUGUAGAGAUAAAAAGCCAGGAACAAGACAGCGGGCUUGUUUCAGUGUACUUCCUAUGUGCUGGGAGUCCUGUGUUGGCAGAAAAUGCUAAACAGUCUUUUAUCACUGCUUUUCAGAAAGCACUAAGAGAUUUGAAACAAGAGAAAGUGGCGUUUGCAAAUAGUUCUGAGUUGAAUGAAGCAGUCCAGAAAGUACACACCAAGUUUAGGGGUCUUCUUGCCAAAAAGCAUGGGAAUACAAUAAUACUCCGGGGUCCAGCAAAUGAGAUCAAAGUGGCAAAAACAUUUCUAGAAGAGAAAGACAUGAACAGCCCAGUUGAAAGAAAUAUAAGAAUAGAAGCUGGAUAUUACACCCAUAAAAAUGGAAUUGAAGUUGAUGCUACUGAAUUUGAAUUGGCAGAAAUUAUGUUAAAUAAAGAAAUUGAAGAGAUAACAGUAAAUUUCAAUACUACAAUGGAAAAAAAGCCCUGUCUAGCUGGUCGGAAAUUGCGCGUUAUAUUUAAGCCUAAGAACAAGGAUUCUGAUAUGUCUUCACAUGCAUAUGAAAGCUUCAUCACUGUAUUUCAGGUUUUUUCAUCAAAGAUCAUUCAGAAAACCCUCCCAUUGAAACUUCCAGCUGUUCAGCAACAAGAACUGAAUAAUUACCUUGAUCACCUGCGAUCAGAAAACACGCAUGUAAUAAUCAGGAGAAAGGAAGACAAACUCCUUUUAACUGGUGUAAUGGAUUCCGUGCUUGUUGCUGAAAAGUACAUAUUCAGCUGGCUGGAGAACUCGACCCAAAUGAAAACUGAAACAGCUCAAAUUAAAACUGGAACAGCCCAUGGCGCCCAACAGUUUCAUGGGGCCAACUUUACAGAGACAGCAGGAGUAUCUCAGGAAACUGAUAGAGGAAAAGCAGAUAAAUUCCUUUCCGAAAAGCAAUCUAGACCAAAGGCAGAAGGAGAAGAGCAAGCCCAAGAGAGCUGUGCUAUUUGCAUGGAUAAAAUCAGUGAAAAAGAAACACUGUCAAAGUGCAAGCAUGAGUUUUGCAAAGUAUGCAUUGAUAAGUCAAUGCAGUAUAAGCCAGCCUGUCCUAUCUGUAAUACUUUCUAUGGAUGUGCAAAAGGUAAUCAACCAGAUGGAUUUAUGUCUGUCACCACUGCACCUUAUCCACUUCCUGGUUAUCUUAACUGUAAUACCCUUGUGAUCACCUAUACUAUACCAAAUGGAAUUCAAUCUAAGGAUCAUCCAAACCCAGGGAAACCAUAUCGUGGGACUCAGCGAACAGCAUACCUACCUAACAACACGGAAGGAAAUGAAAUUCAGGAGCUGCUUAAGAAGGCUUUUAAUCAAAAGUUGAUCUUCACAGUGGGUCAGUCACGUACUUCUGGUGUAGAAGAUGUUGUCACCUGGAAUGAUAUUCACCACAAGACACAGAUACGUGGGGGACCACAACAGUUUGGGUACCCUGAUCCAAAUUAUCUGAAACGUGUUCGGGAAGAACUGAAAGCAAAAGGAAUUGAAUAGAGAAACGUAACAGCCGAGUAUGCUUCAGUUAUAGUCAUUGACACAUAUAGCAUUUAGUUGAGCAAGAUGAUUACAAAAGCAAGUAUAAAAUUACAGUGCUUCCCCUCCCCCCUGCCUAAGACAGUCAUUCUGCUGUUCUUACACAUGGCAGGAUUUGGUUUUACAGUUGCAAUAGGCAUAAUCAGAUAAGGAUAGUGAUGUGCUUUGGUUCCCCUAUAUAUGCCUUAUCCUACAAACCAUUGGU